AUGCAGUCCCGUCUCCUCGUCCUCGCCGCCGCCGUGGCCGCCGUCUCGGCCACCCACCCCUUGGCCCUGCCCAAGCUCAAGCGCGACCUCGAAGUCCGCCAGGCCGACGAGCUCGACAACGUCUCCAUCGCCCCCGGCUGCAGCUCCGCCGCCAUCGACCUCUACACGGCGCUCCCGACCCCUCCCCCGUCCCUCCUGACGGCCGCCCUCGACGGCGAGCUCCAGAGCGCCCUCGCCAGCCCCUGCGAGGUGACCCUCGCCGCCAGCCUGUCCUCGGACCUGCAGGAGUACGCCUCCGACGUCCAGACCUGGUACGAGUCGCACUCGAGCCAGGUCUCCUCCGUCCUCGAGCAGUGCAGCGACCUCGUCAGCCUCCUCGGCGGCAGCCUCACCGAGACCGACCUGCCCGUCUGCUCCACGACCGCCGCGAGCAGCAGCGGCGCUCGCACCACCAGCGGCAGCGCCUCGAGAACCACCGCUGCCUCGGGCACUGCCUCUGAGACUGGUGCGGCUACUCCUGCCAGCUCCGCCUCUGGAUCUAGCCAGACCUCUGCCUCUGCCACUGCUUCGUCUUCCACUGUUCCUGGCAGUGCCGGUGUCAAGACCUCUGGCAGCAUCUUCGCCGCCGUCGCUGCUGGCGUCUUUGCCCUCGUUGCUCUGUAG